AUGAGCCUUGAAGUCAAAGCUCCUGACGCUACAGCUACGAUCGAACCGCAGGAAGAGCAGCAUGCAGUGGACGACGCGAGCGCAGACAUCGAUGCCGAUGCCGACGCAGAACAUGAGGUCGAUGACCCGUCCGACUCAAAGCCGAAGAAGAAGAGGCGCAUCAUCAAGACACCGGACAAGAAGUUCAACUGUCCCAACCCGGACUGUGGAAAGUCAUAUUCGCGCGCGGAGCAUCUGUAUCGACACCAGCUGAAUCACACUCCAAAGCAGAUAUACCGAUGCGACUUCCCAGGCUGCGAUCGCAACUUUGUCCGAGCGGAUCUGUGCGCUCGUCACAGGGAACGACAUACGGCCAAGGGUUCUCAUCUCCAACGAAAGGAUGCCUUUAUGAACAGCGCGAGAUCAGGCGAGGGGCCUACCACGACGUCGCCUCCCAGCGCAGUGGCCAUGCAUGUUCCGCACACAGACGCAUCAAACACAUACAAGCCUCCUCCGACUACCGACGGCUACUCCUACGUGUCUGAACCUCAACAGUACUCAUCUCAGAACAGCACAAUGACGGAGCUCAGGCCGCUGUCGACGUCCAACCUUGAUCCCGCGCUGGGAUCAUACAGUGCAUACUCUGGUACAAUGAACUCCGGCCAUCAAUCGUCGAUGUCGUACUCUGCUCCGGUCAACGGACAGCGGUUCAGCUACGAUCCGCCGUUUUCUGCACAGCCGUCUCAGCAUGGUGACGGCUAUCAGUCCUACAACGGCAACGGUUCAAAUGUGAUGCAUACGCCAUCACUAUCUUCACCGCCGUCCGCCGGCCCAAUGUACAGCCAACAAACCUUCCCGUCUCCUGUGGCAGCGGGGAACAGCUUCCGACCACCAAGCAGUUUCUCCACCCUACCCUCAUUACCACCCUUUGGAUUGCCUCCGGGUUACGGACCCCCUCAAAGCUUGAGAUCAAACAGCAUCAUAUCACCGCCUUCUGUGAGCUCGUUUGAACAGCCUCCACUGCCAAGUAGCAGAGACAAUAGCAUCAUCGACUUCAGCACUUUUGAUCCGAUGGCAGGGGGGUACUCAAUGCCUGUGUUCGGCGACGAACCACUGUUCAGCCGCUCACCUCCACCCAACAUGGACGAGAAUUUUCUGAACAUGCUGCUAAGCUCCAACGGGAUGGAAAUGAACGAUCCGUCGCCGCCAAAUCAGGAACCACUGCCGAGUGCAUCGCCUCCUCCCAACAAAGUCCCACUGCCGAAGCUUGAACCGGACGGCACGCCGAGCGACCCGACUGUGCCAUCUGUAUCUGGGAUGGAUACCAGUAUGCGCGAAAGUCAGAUCAGUGAGAAGAAGCGAGACCGGCUAUUCCGGCUGGUGUCGAACUUCACCGAAAUCGAGCACAACACUGGAAGAAGCACCAAAGCGGAGACAUUGGCAGGCAAUCCCAAAGACCCAACCCACGUCAUGAGCUUGCAGAUGCUCAUAAGCUACAUUACCAGCUACUGGGUCCACAUCCACCAGCAGAUGCCCAUAUUACAUCGCCCAACCUUCAAUUCAGAGACAUGCCCGGAUCUGCUUCUUCUCACCAUGAUCUGCUUGGGCGCAACAUGUCUGGAACGCGUCCACCCCCUCGAGCUGUCGAAGACUUCGGCGGAAAUGGCCUUCUUCUCAGCUUACCACAUCCGCUGGGAGAUCUUCCGAGACUCUGAGUUCAGGCCGACUGCGAAGCUGUGGACGUUUCAGACCAUGCUUCUGCUCGAGUUAUUUGAGAAGAUGUACAGCACAAGGAACUUGCAUGAAAGAGCACACAUACACCAUGCUACGACUUUGACGGUCAUGCGACGAGGCUCGUCCUUGAUCGGGCGCAGCGCUAACGACUCACCGAAAGACGAAGAUGACCCGACACGAACACCACCAGGACCAGAAGGAACAAUCAACACGGCAGGACAGAACACGCAUGAUGCGUACUGGAACAGAUGGAUCACAGCUGAAGCUACGCGGAGAUCAGCUUUUGCUGCCUUCAUCCUUGAUUCGACCCACGCUACGCUGUUCGGACAUUCGGCCGUCAUGUCACCACACGAACUGCGCCUGCCACUGCCUUGCGACGAGGCGCUGUGGUCAGCUACCAGUAGCGCAGAAGUGCAAAGAGUCGAAGCGAGUUUGGCAGCCAACGGUUUCAAGCCCACCUCAUUCCUCGACGGCCUGCGACGCACACUCAACGGCCAAAAAGUCCGCACCAACACCUUCGGCCGCGUCAUCCUCAUGGCCGGUCUCCUAAACGUCAGCUGGCACAUGAACCAACGCGACCUGCAAGUCUCCUCCCUCGGCGCCGCCUCCACCCUCGGCAGCCAGAUCAAAUGGCGCUCCCCGCUCACCCGCGCCUUCGACUUCUGGCGCCGCGACUUUGACGAAAGUCUUGCGAAAAACGACCACUGGCUCUCCGUCUGCAACCCCAAGACCUCCGACCGCGCGGGCGCCGUCGCCCGCGACAACGUCUUCGAGUCCCGCACCUGCCUCCACAGCCUCGCGCACAUGGCCAUGCACGUCGACAUCGUCGACUGCCAGGUCUUCGCCGGCGCGGACCGCGCUCUCGGCCGCAUGGUCACGGACGGCGAUCGCGCAGCCGUGCAACGCCGGAUGCGCGAGCAAUGGGCUCCGAGCGCGCGGGCGCGAGACGCGACGUUCUAUGCGCUGCGCUUCUUGUGCGAAGUUCUGAUCCCCGAGGAGGAACUCGCGAGCAAGCGUCCGCAUCCGCAUCAGCCGCCUACGUUCAGCUACAGCGCGAGGGACGACUAUCUCCUCAAUCGGCCGUGGAUCCUGUUCUUCGCUGCGCUGAUCGUGUGGUCGUAUGGCUAUGCGCUCGAUGGGCCGAUUCGACCGUCUAACUACACGCUUACGACGCAUGAAUUGCGGAUCUUCGACAUGCAGCGCUACCUCAUCCGCAUGGGCGGGGUUGCGAGCCCUGAUGACCUGGCGGAGGUCAAGGAUCGCAAUUCAUGUCUCGGAAUGCUGUUGUUGUUGCGAGAGAAGUUCCAAGAGCCGCGGUGGGAGUUAUUGCACGAGGCGAGCGAAACCCUCGCAAGUACCAUCGAGCUAUUGGUGCCCGCUGUCAAAGGCAGUGGUGGUGCCUGA